AUGCUGUCGUUUCUUCGCAGGAGCAGCUGCGACGGCAGCGCUAAUGAGUGUGAAAAGCCCACCAGCCAGAUGCUGACCAUGGGGGUGCCCCUCAUUAUCAGUUCAACUCUCGUUGUUACCGCCUUCGCCGUCCUUACCUACCUCUACUACAAACGCCGCAACAGGGAUGACAGGGAGGAUCGUGAAGAACGGGCGCAAGGCAUCGGCUACUACGCGCGCGAUGAAGACGUAGAGGACUUGGAGCCGACGUAUAGACAACCGGGAAACAAGGCCGCGAAUCGUCAUGACGACUUCUAUCCCGCCUCCUCACGACGCGGCUCGGACGCUUCGUUUCUCGACGUAAAAGACCCUAACGGGCCCUACCAUCUCUCGGAUCUCAGCGAGAGCACAUCCACUGUCUAUCAGCAACAAGGUCAACGGCCAUCGCAGCAGCAGCAGCCACAAUCGCAGCAACCACAACAGCAGCAGGAGACACCGGGGAACCAACCCCCGCAGAAUCCUAGCGGUGAGGGAUGGCGAGACCUCGUCAAUGAGAACAAGGCCGUCCAGCCUCACUCAUGA